UUUCUUUUGUUAAAAAACUAUGUUGAAGACUAUUAACUUUUUUUCAACGCUAAAUGUAAAGAGCGCAAGAACGAAAAUUUUUUGAUCGUUCUGGAAUGAACGCAAGAAAAUUUGGAAAAGAUUAAAAGGCUUAAUAUCAUCAAACACGAUAGAAUCAAAGUUGUUGUUGUUUAUCACAAAGUAUUAUCGCCAGUAACCCACUGGUAGAAUCAAAGUUGUUGUUGUUUAUCACAAAGCUUAUGCUGUCGGGCUUGUUGGCCCGUCUUGCAUUCUCAUCAUCUUUAUUUGGUCUUAACUUUAGCAAAAAAUUGGUUCAUAUUCAGAAAUGCUACAUCAGAGCAUAUUUUCCAAGAACCACUUGAAAUAGCAAUACUUUUUUUCAUUCUUGUCGCUGCGUGUUGCGACGCGCGAGGUUAUGAUUUUCAGGCUGUUUUCAGAAAUAUUCCCAGCGUAGUACAGUAGUCCAAUAUAUUACGAGUCUGCCAGGUAUAGAGCCCGAAGACUUUUGUCUUGCUAGGGUACAACUCUUCCCAGAGGCAGCUCGUAUUUGAAUCAAAGUUGUUGUUGUUUAUCAGAAAAGUAAAGAUGCAUGAAAAAUCGAUAGAAAAAAGAAUCGAUCGAGGUCCCGCAGCUCCAUAAUAUCACUAUCUCGCUAGAGCAGGCAAAAGUUUGCUUCCUUCGAUCUGCAUCUUUUUUUAUCCAUGGAGGAGUCACAUUCUUCCGAGGGUGAUUAUCGGCCUGCGAGGAGCUGCGACCUCUGCAUCAACAAACUUACAUUUUGCCAUUAUCAACAGAAUAGAUAUGGAAAAAUCAGAAUUUCAAAUAGAUAGACGAAAAAAGGGGCACUCCGUCAUGGUGCCCUUUACAAAAUACAGAAAUUUUCUUCACAACUUGAGGAAGCAAGCAGUGGCAAAUAGCGUCUUUGCCGUGCUGGAUUUGCACUGUCGACCUCGAUUACAUUGAUAUUUCAUCAAUCCUACGUAGCAAACCGGUUUUCGUGUCGAAACUACCGGUAGAGAAAAUCCGUAGAAAAUAUAUUUUGCAACCUAUGGUCAAACUCCCCUCCCGUCGGGGCUCUAUACAAAUUUGGUGUCAGAUCACAAAGAGAAAUUAACAGGAGUCUAUGACAUCAAGCUGUCACUCCAGCUGUUCCUGAUGAAAUUCGUAUUUUUUUAUGAAGGGCGGUGUCCAGAUCAUCAUUUGAAUAUCGAAUUUCAGAAAACUAGAAGGCCGCUGAGCCAUAUAAUAUCAACAAACUACAUUUUGCCAUUAUCAAAUUCGUUUUAUGAUUCGUUGUUUCUAGAACAGUUCUACCGUAAUUCGAAGAAAAAAAUUUUUACCUAUUGCAACAAAUCAGAACAAUUUCAUGAAAAUUUAUGAGGAUGAUACAAUUUCCGUAUAGAAGUCAGUGCAACUGUAACUGAACCGCAUCUGCAGCGUUGCGACGCUGCAGUUGUGGUUUGAUAGAUCGACAAACUUGUCUUUUUCUUUUCGUACAAGAAUUUUCCUAGAAAAAAUCCGAACCGUACGAGUCGGGUGGGUGAUCAUCGCAUGGCCCCCGACCGUGUGAGUUUCCGGAAAAUAUGUUUACAUCAACAACUUACAUUUUGCUUUUAUCACAACAGAAAACUCAAUUUAGAAAUUCGUGUCAAGAAUAUUGUCAACAAUAAGAACCUUCACAGCGCUCUAGUGCGUUUCCAAAAUUGUUUCUAUGCUGUUUGUCAAACAAAGAAGUUUUCGAUUACAACUCCGAGCAGUUUUGUUCUGAGAAGAACAUUCUCAAUCGGUUUUUCUAGAAGAAAGGAAAUACAAGUGUGGUUUACCCGGAUUGCCGUACAAACAUCCGGUUUGCCGUACAAACAACCAAGUUGCUUUCAUCGUCGAUUUUGCAUGGGCAUCAGGGCUUCUACGUAAGUUCCUGGUGUCGCAUAAUCAGAACGGUGGAUGUCAACUAGAGAAAAUCCGUAUAAACAGUUUCACCCAAAUAGAAUUUCCCAGAAAUAAACCUAUUUCAUCCUACUACGUAGAAAAUCAUCUUCCUUCUGAAAUAUGUUUUUGGAAAGACGAAUGUGUAGAAAAACAUUUUGGAAACAAGAAGUAGGGAAGUAUGUUGCAGGGGAAAUUUCAACACCGAAUGUACCAUGAACCUAAAAAAC